GCCGCCGGAGUCACCAUGGCAGCCGCCUGCGGGAGGCUGCGAGGCCUCGCCGCUGCCCGGCCCGCCCUGCGCGGCAGGUGCUUUUCUUUCUCAAGCCAUCGGACUAGCAGCGAUGGAAAGCCAGCAAAAUUUCAGCCGCCUCCAAAGCCCGUCAUUAUUGACAAGCAGAAGCAGAGAGAGGACAGGAGGUUCUUGAGCCCUGAAUUUAUACCUCCCAGAGGGAGAACAGAUCCUUUUAAAUAUUAUAUAGAAAGAAAGGACAUGAUACAGAGACGGAAAGUCUUCAACAUCCCAGAGUUCUAUGUUGGCAGCAUCCUGGCCGUUACUACUGCAGAUCCAUAUGCCAACGACAAAGUCAACCGGUUUGUGGGCAUCUGCAUUCAAAGAGGAGGAAAAGGACUUGGUGCUACCUUUGUCCUUCGGAACGUUAUUGAAGACCAAGGUGUUGAAAUACGUUAUGAACUGUACAGUCCUCGAAUCCAGGCGAUAGAGGUUCUGAAGCUGGAAAAGAGGCUGGAUGAGCACCUGCUGUAUCUGCGAGAUGCCCUCCCUGAAUACAGUACUUUUGAUGUGAAUAUGAAACCUGUGUCUCUUUUAGACCAUGAAGAAAUUCCCAUAAACAAGGUGCAGGUACGAAUGAAACCCAAACCAUGGUCAAAACGGUGGGAAAGGCCACAAUUCAAUAUAAAAGGAAUAAAGUUUGAGCUGCCUGAAGGAAAAAUGAAAGAAGCACAGAAGUGGAGCAAGCCCUGGCUAGAGUUCGAUAUGCUGCGAGAAUACGAUACUUCAGCUAUAGAGGAGAAAAUUUGGAAAGAAGUGAGUGAAGAGCUUAAGAAGUAAUGAUGGCUUUUGCAGACUGGGCAGGACUGGGAAAAUUAAAAGUUACUUUGAAUUUACUGUAUGGAUUAUCCCUUGUCAAGUUUUGUAUAUACAGAGGAAAGACAGACAAUAAAGUUAACCUUUCCAGCAGUUUCAAAA